AAAGUUCGAAAUUAAUCUCUGCAGCCUUUUCUCUACAUGUGUUGAAUGCAGAGAGGCUUUGGUAGUUAGGUAAUGCACAACGUGUGGGAUGGAACUGACUAAAUAUAACAAGCACUCUAGGGUUGGAAACCAUUAUUUCUUGACAGAGAAGAAAUCCAAUUGUUUUAAUCUAUUUUCAGAAGUAGCAGCAUCUGAUGGGUGUUUUUAGGGAUAUAAAGAUGAAGUUCAUUAAUGGUAUGGAAGUCGAGGCAUGCAGCAACGAACCUGGUUUUGCAGGGGCUUGGUUUGAGGGUGUUAUAGUGUCUCAGGAGGGGGGUAUGUAUCGUGUCCAGUAUGAUAAAUUUGAGACAGAUGAGGGGUAUCCCCUGAUCGAGGAGUUACAUUACUGCCAAUUAAGGCCACGCCCUCCUGAGAUGAACAUUAUUAAUUGGGCAGCUGGUGAUCAAAUUGAGGUUCUUGACAAGGAUUGUUGGUGGGAAGGUGUUAUCUCAAAGGUUCUUCUUCGUAAACAGUAUCGUGUGUACUUCCCAUGCUAUGGCAAUUGCAUGAGAUGCCACUACUCCAAUAUUCGGCCCAAGCAGGAAUGGAAGAAUGGGAAAUGGUCAUUGUCGCUUCCGGUAAGAAAACGGAAUACAUCAAAACAAGGGAAUGCAUUUGCAGAAAGUACAUAUGAGGUAGAUGAGUGCUUUCAUCGCGAAGAAUGUGUCAAAAUAAAGCAAUUUAGGUGUUCAAAAUUAGCACAACAUAUAGACAGAGGGACACUUCAUGCCAAGGGCAUUUUUGUUGAUGCGUCUCUAAUGAAUACUGAUUAUAAAGAUUAUUUUGUUUCAACUACUGAGAGCCAUACUGCUUUUGCUCUUGCAUGUCAAGACGAAAGAGAUAAAGUGGUAAACAAGAGAAAGAGUACUUACUAUCACACCACAGAACUGCCUACCCAUAGGGAGAAUCAAAACAAAAAUGGAAUUCACUUAGCAGAUGACCACAAUGUAUCCUUACAUAAGCUGGAAUUAUUUGCAUAUCACUCUGUGUUACAGGCUUUUCAUGCUCAAGGUUCAUUAAGCUGGGAAAGAGAAAUUUUACUGACCAAUCUCCGAUUUGAAUUGCAUAUUUCUUGUCAAGAGCACACAUAUAUGCUGGAACAACUUGCAUGUGGUUUUUGAUGUAAAAUUGUACAGUUCUCAAUUGCAUAUAUUGUAACAAAAUGUCCUCUCAAGGAUUGUAACUAACAAUCUUUGGAAUUUGAUUAAACAUAGUUUUGAUGAAGAAAUAGUGAGUAGCCUUCUUUGUGUAAUGUCCAAGAUCAUUAUCAAUGUGAAGAACAUUGGCAACAUAGUGAAAUUCAGAUUUUUGUGUU